CUCCGUCUGGGUCACCAAAAUGUAAACUUACAUCUACAGCGUGACUGAAAAUGUAUUCAACAUACAUUAAUCAGUUAUGCAUAAAAUCCAUCAGUUAUAUUCUGCUUCACCAGAAUGCUACAGUAGUCCUCUUGCAAUUCUUUUAAGUAAAACAUCAUUCAGACAAGCCAGAUUGUUCUUUUUGCGGAUACGUCAAUACCUAUUGCCAUGUAUUUAAGACGGAGAUUCUCAAAAUCUGGUAUCCGUGCAGAAAAUCUGACAGAGUUGCCAAAGGCAAAGAAGUCUCGGGUCUCUGGGAAGAAAAGUUCUGUUCCCCAAGAUGGAGUUAUGGAAAGUGGUGGUGUCUUUGGGCAACUCCUCAAAACUGGAGGAAUAACACUGAAAGCUGGAGAAAGACAGAAUGAAAUAGCUGUGGAUGGAGCUAUUUUCCAGAAGAAGUUGCAUCAAGCCUUGAGAAAACAUUCUUCUUAUCCACAGGUUGUUGAAGAAUUCAUUACCGGAUUGGAAUCCCACAUUGAAAACAGAGAUCAGUUCAGGAAUUGUCUGUUACCAUGUGUAUCUGUGCAAAAUCUAGAAACAAGUAAUGCAGUCCAUUCAUAUUGUGAAAGCCUCAUUAAGCUUCUUCUAGGAAUAGAGAUAUUACAGCCGGCUAUUAUAAAACUGCUGUUUGAAAAAAUUCCCGAAUUUUUUGAUGAAAGUGUGGGCAGCGAUGGGCUCAAUUUGCCCCGACUCAUUGUCAAUCAAUUAAAAUGGCUCGACAGGAUAGUUGACAGCAAGGAACUUUUAUCAACCAUUAUGCAGAUGAUUUCUGUUUCUCCUCCAACAAUUCAACACGACAUUAUUACAGGCUUGCCUGAAAUCCUGGAAGAUGCCCAACAUAGUGAAAUUGCCAGAGAGCUUAGUUCUUUGUUAAAGGUGAACACUGAGCUAAUGGUUCCAAUCCUGGAUGCUCUUUCCUGUUUAAAUCUUGAUCUGGAGCUUCUGUCUGAGGUAUGCAAGUCUGUUAUGGUCACAGUGGCUGCUGUAAAAGUGGAAGAUUUGCCUGUAGUAGUUAAAUUUAUUCUCCGGUCCAUCAAGGCAACUAAUGCAGUAGAGGUAAUUUCUGAUCUUCGUAAGAAGCUGGACCUAGACUCAUGUGUUUCGCUUCCACAAAUUCAGGCUUCCCAGAGUAAAUUCAGGAACCAGUCUCAGGCAAGUCUGCCUGCAAGCCAAGUGAGCAUUAACCUGGACUGUGUCAAGCUUCUUUUUGAAGUCAUAAAGUCAGCUGUUAAAUUCCAGAAGACCAUUUUAGAAGGCUGGAUUAAGGCUAUUGAGAAUGUUUCUUCUGCUUCUGACCAUAAGGUUCUUGAUCUGAUAGUGCUGUUUGUAAUCUAUGCUACAAGUUCAAAGAGCAAGAAGCAAAUUGAGAGAGUGCUGAGAAGCAAGAUUCGGUUGGGUUAUAUGCGAGAGCAGUUUCUGCAGAAUGCCUUCCGAUACCAUUCACUCGUUAUGAGAGACCUCUUUCCAGCCAUCCUGUCACUAUCUGAGAUUUUUGUACAUUCAGCAGAUCCAUGUAUUGUCUCUUUUGGUAGCUGUAUGUACAAGCAAGCAUUUGCAGCCUUUGAUGCUUAUUGUCAGCAGGAGAUUGUGGGUGCCUUGGUUACUCAUGCAUGUGGUGGCAAUAGUGUUGAAGUGGAUGUCUCUCUGGAUGUGCUCACUGACUUGGUGUCUCUUCAUACCUCAUUAGUGGUUCCAUAUGCAGUCUUUCUAAAGAGCAUUUUAGACUACAUGGAUAAUCUAAGUCCACAACAAAUCCGCAAACUAUUCCAUAUACUUAGUGUGCUGGCAUUCAGCCAGGGGCACAGAAGCAGCCACAUUCAGGAUGAUAUGCACAUGGUGAUUAGAAAACAACUCUCCAGCACUAUUCCUAAGUAUAAGCGCAUUGGAAUUAUUGGUGCAGUUACCAUGGUGGGCAGCAUGGCAGAAAAGAGGAGUAGAGAAAAUGGUCAGAUAAUGGAACGGGCACAGCUGAGCAAAGAGCAAUGUAGGCAGAUCACAUCUUUACUGGAGCUGGUGUGCUCCUCCUGUGGGCAGGUUCCCCAGGCUUUGGCUCUUUACUAUGAUGAACUUGCCAACUUAAUUCAGAAAGGGAAUAUGGAUUUGCAGAUCCUGGAUUGGAUUGGGAGCAGUGUGGUGAAGGACUUUGAGACAGAUUUUGUGACAGAUCUUGUUCCUAUAGAGGACAGUGCUUUCCUGUUCCCAGUGAAGGCCCUAUAUUGCUUAGAAGAGGAAGAAAGUGAGGCAACAAUUGCUAUUAAUUUGUUGCCUCUGCUGUCUCAGAGCCAGUUGAACAAGCAUGUGGAUGAAGUAACAGCUAAAAGUAAGGAAAAAAGGAUAGUAUCUCCGGAGUGUUUGUCACCAUUCUUUCGGCUGCUGAGAUUCUGCAUAUCAGAACUGAAUAAUGGGAACAUGGAGGAUAUUGAUGCCUUGUUAGUUUGCCCUUUAUAUCUGACCAACCUGGAAGUGGGAGGAAAGUUAGACUCGUUAUCUAAGCAAGAGCGUGAAUUCCUCUGUACUCUCUUAUUUCAUGCACUGAACUGGUUCCGUGAGGUUGUGAAUGCCUUCUGUCAACAAAAUGAUGCUGAGAUAAAAGGAAGGGUUUUGGCUCGAUUACAGAACAUUACAGAACUACAAUGUCUACUGGAAAAAAUCCUGGCAGCAAGUCCUGGAUAUGCUCCUCCUCUUGCUAAUUUUGAUUCUGAUACCUUAGAAGGAGUACCUAUUAUCAAUACAGCUGGUACCACCAAAAAGAAGAAUAAGGGAAAAAAAUCCCUAAAAUCUGAUAGCAGCAAAACCAGCUCUGCAGACAAUUUCUUACUGGAGGAAGAUACAGAAUCAAAUCAGCCUGAAUCAGAGGCCAGCCAGCUAGAGAAGGAUUCCCCAGAAAAAGAAUCACAAACAUCACUGGUACAACUGCAGAGCUAUAGUGCAUAUUUCCGUGAAUUGGACUUGGAGGUUUUUAACAUCUUUCACAGUGGGCUGCUGACCAGAUCUGUUCUGGAUACUGAAAUGCACACAAAGACUCGUGAAAUAGUGCAGAUAGGGCCAGCAGAGCUGCUGUUCCUUUUGGAAGAUUUGUGCCAUAAACUGGAACAUAUAUUGAUACCAACUCCUGCAAAGAGAGCCCCCUUCUUAAAGGGCAAAGGAAAAAGGAGUGUUGGAUUCUCACAUCUUUGUCAAAGAACAUCUCAAGAAGUGAUUGAGUGUGCUGUUGAACUCUUAAAGCCAUUGUGCAACCACAUGGAAAAUAUGCACAACUACUUCCAGGCACUGAUGGCAGAAAACCAAGGAAUGAUUGAUAGGCCAGGAGUCAAUGUUCAGGAACACCAGUUAAUGUCAUCCUGCUACCAGCAUUUAUUGCAAGUCUUCCACCUUCUGUUUGCUUGGAGUGGAUUUUCUCAAAACGAAAACCACAGUUUGCUGAAAUCAGGUCUCCAUGUCCUUGCAGACAGACUCAAACCAGGGGAGGGAGAGUUCUCUCUUGAGGAACUGCUCAGCUAUUGUUUUCAGUACUUACUGAACUUCCAGGACAGUAUUCCCAAUAUUUAUUGUGCAUUGAGCCUCACUCAGCUUCUGCUUGUGAUCGCUGAAAAAUCUGUAGUCAACCUGAAACACAAAGAAAUAGCUUCCAUCACUAAACAUUUCCUCUGUCAAUCUUGGAUGCAGCCCAAUGGAAUUCGUCAGAAGGGCCCCCAAUUUAAUGAUGCACUCCAUACUUUGUUCUGUAUAUACAUGGAGCACACAGAUAAUAUAUUAAAAGCUAUAGAAGACAUUUCCAGCAUUGGAAUUCCAGAGUUGAUUAAUUCUUCAAAAGAUGGAUACUCUUCUACUUACCCUACCUUGACUAGACAGACAUUUCCCAUUUUCUUUCGAGUGAUGAUGGCUCAGCUAGAGAGUUCUGUAAGAAGCAUUUCUCCUGGAACACCAUCAGAUGCCAAAGAGGUCCAGCUGGAGAAGUUGCUGCAAUGGAACAUGGCUGUGCGGGAUUUCCACAUCCUUGUUAAUUUAGUUAAGGUAUUUGACAGUCGGCCUGUGCUCAGUGUUUGCCUGAAGUAUGGUCGUCUGUUUGUUGAAACAUUCUUGAAGCAUGGCAUGCCCCUGUUGGACUACAGCUUUAAAAAACACAGGGAUGAUGUGCAGAGUUUGUUGAAAACCUUUCAGUUGAGCACCAGACAACUUCAUCACAUGUGCGGACAUUCUAAGAUUCAUCAAGAUACAGGACUCACCAGCCAUGUGCCUCUCCUAAAGAAGUCCCUUGAGCUGUUUGUAUACCGAGUGAAAGCAAUGCUGGCUCUCAACCAUUGUCAGGAGGCAUUUUGGUUGGGUGUCCUCAAAAACAGGGACCUACAGGGAGAGGAGAUUCUUUCACAGGUGUCUCAGGAGGAUGAAAAUGUUUCUAUGAUCGCUGGAGAAGAUCCUAUGAAGAGUCAGCUUUGGGGCAGAAGAAGAAUAGAAGAAAUAACAAAGGAUGUAAAUGCUCUUAGCCCUACUAUUCCUAAGUCUUUUCUAAGAGGCAUAGUUUGACUUAAGUAGUCACAUACAGUAGCAGGCUGGUGAAAAUAUAAGAUUAAUGCCAGAAAGAAAGAAAGGGAAACAAAAACUUUCUGAUCACUACCUCUUCAAGAACGUCAUUCUUUCUAAUUAUUGUAUAUACCUGAGUCAGGUCCCAAACAUGGUACCCUUUCUUUUUGAAAUUUCAAGGAGAACAUUGGGAAAUCCUACUAACAUAAUAAUCAUUUGGUGGUAAAUAAACACAAGCUUAUUUUGCAUUAGCCAAUCAGAAUUUUGCAAGCAUUGAAUAAUACAGUCAGGUUAAUUAUAGAAACAUGCAAUAUGGGUGUAUGAUUGUAUAAAAAUACAGGUAAAUAAAUAAUUGAAAUAUAUUUUUAGGAAUUAUUUGGAUGUUUUUCUUCUUCAGUGAUUUCACAGGGGUACUGGGCCUUCCACACCUACAGUACCUAUGUCAUGCUUACAGGCAUGGAUGGAACACAGUAGAUGAGCACUGGGGGAAAGUACGAUAUCCUCAGUAGGAUGGAAAUCCCCAGCAAAGUGCAAUACUCCUGUAACUUGCAGUGGAAGAGCACUAAUUUAUUAGCACUAAGAUACCUAUCUGGAAGCAUCCCAAGUCAGUACACUAUCCAUUUGGAGAACUGUUUCAAAUUGUGUACAGUUUGUAAAACUAUAAAACCAUUUAACUGAGUUGGAAACAAAUGAAGUCAUAGUACACAAUUAUAAAUAAAUAAAGUCAACAAUGGCCUUUUUGUGUGUUAAGAUUGCAGGAGUUCUAGUAACAAAUUUGUAUAUAUUUUGUAUCCCUCACUCUUCUCUACUUAAACAUGUAUUUUCCCACCAGGAACAGCAGGAGGAGGAAGAGUCAGAGAAUAAUAGUAGGACAGAUCCCAAAGACAGUGAUGAAGACAGCUCUGAUUAGAAAUACAUCACUGGGUAAACUAACUUCACAGGACAGAUUAUUGGAACUUGUGAGAUGAAAGAAACAAAGUUGACUGGAAUGUGCAACUCUAAACUUUGUGCCACAGUGAAUUUCUGCCUGUUGUCCAGGCAGUGCUAGAGUACACUUAAAAAGUGUAAUUUCACUGUCUUUAAAUGUUAAAUUAUCUAUAAUGAUUUUCAGUUUGAAAAUGAGUCAUUAAGCACUUUCCCAGACUUGCUUCCGAAUACUAUUCCCUUUUACUACAGUGUAUAUUUUGCUCUCUUUCCAAUCCUAGCUUUCCUACACUGUUCUAAGAAUAUCUAAAACAAUUUUUAAAUAUUUCUUUGGGCCAGUAAGAAUUAAAAUAUGUUGAGAUGUAAAGUAGAGGGUUGCUGAUUAAGAGGAAACAAUAACCAUUCUUUUAUGGUAGUUGAACAUACUUUGAAUGAAAUCCAGCCACAUUUAGGAAUUUCUGAGGUCUCCAGUUGGAGACAUUGUUAUGUUGCUUAGGAAUAGGAAAAUUGUGGUCCUCCAGAUAAUGAAAAUGCAGUGCCACCCUCCUCCAUCAUGGUUAUGUACACUACAGUAGAUAAGCGCUGCAGUCCAACAUCUGGAGGACCACUAGUUUCCCGUGCCAAAUGUUGACCUUAUGUUGGUAAAACACAUCAAUAUAACAGUUGGAAAACUGUCAUUCACAGUUGGCAUCCCAGGUGAUUGCAUAAUUUAAGGACUUGUCUUAAUGAACUGGGAUGAAAUUAAAACUUUAAAAUAAUCUUUAGAAUGUAAGUAGAGUUGAAUCUAGAAAACCAAUAUAUGAGGUACAAAAGUUUGUUAAUAUCCCGUUUUGAUAAGGCUACUGUGAUCUCUUUCAGGUUUUCUGACUCUGACACAUAUCUGUUUCAAUCAGUGGUGAUUAUAUUUAUUUACUGAUUGUUACCUAAAGCCAGUUUCAUGUAUUUAAGCCCAUUGAAAUCAGUGUGCUUAAGUAUGUCAAAGCUGUUUUGGAUUAUGAGCUUUAUAUUUAUUCACUUUUAGGACAAGAUGCCCUGCCUUAAGAGUUUCUUCUGGAAAACCAUUUCUUUGUUCAUUUCUCUUAUCCACUUCUGCUCAUUGUAAGAUUUCAGUAUUAGUAUUAAAAUUGUGUUCUAGUUUGGAAGUUUUAUGCUAUGUCCUUUGAGGUUUAUUUGCAGAUUUAUUAAAUAAAGUGUACAGUUCAACCAUUGCUUUGUGCAGUGACAAA